AUGAAAUUGUCUACAAAUAUCCACCAGCUAUCACUGCUGCUCGUAUGCUUCAUUAUUAAUCUUGAUAUAUCCUUAGCUCAGUCAAGUGUCUGCUUCUGUGUCACGUCUGGUUACUGCACAUCAAACCCAACGGUAGCCCCAAAUGAUGGAUCAAACCAAAUUGAUAUUAGAAUUGUGAAUGCAGCAUCGACAUUACCACCAAUGCCCAAUCCAGGUUAUAUAGUUCCUGUGUCAUCUGGCAUCACUCCUUCAAUAUCUCAGUAUAACUCCUGUCAACAAGGUCUAUCAGUAUGUUGCCUACCAUCAUAUCAAUGUGGAAUCAGGUAUCCACCAGUAGCUAAUGGCCCCUCGCCAGCUCCAGACACUAAUCAAGCUGCAUUUGGUGCUUAUCCAUGGCAAGCUGUAAUCUUGCUAUCUGCUGACAGCAGCUUCGUUGGAUCUGGAGUUCUAAUUGACAAUUUUCACAUCCUUACUGUAGCUCAUAAAGUCAGCAACUAUGCCAACAAUCCACAAGUUCUAAAGGUCCGUCUUGGUGAAUGGGACGCAUCUUCAGUUAUUGAACCGAUUCAAGCUCAGGAGUAUCAAGUACAAAGAGUGUUUAUUAAUCCUGCAUAUAAUUCAGCCAACUUGAGGAAUAGCAUUGCAAUAUUACGUCUUACAAAUGCAGUUCCUUUAGGAUUGACACCGACAAUUACAUAUGCUUGCUUACCAUCUGCUCAGAUUAGUGGACAGAGAUGUCAUGUUGCUGGUUGGGGAGUUUCAAACUUCAACACAGGAAGUUACCAAACAAUCCAACGUGAAGUUGAUUUACCGUUGGUUGAUCAAACCACAUGUCAAAAUCAGUUGCGAGCCACUCGACUUGGAUCGACCUUUCAACUUGACUUUAAUUCCUUCAUUUGUGCUGGCGGAGAGUUUGGAAAAGAUGCAUGUACUGGUGACGGAGGAAGUCCACUAGUAUGUAAGAUUGGUAACAACUGGUAUGUCGCAGGACUAGUUGCAUGGGGUAUCGGAUGCGCUACACAAAAUGUUCCGGGAGUUUACAUUAAUGUCGUCAGCUACAUCAACUGGAUUCAACAGACAACCCGAACACCUUAAAAUGUUUCCAAAUAUUUAUUUAUUUGUGACUUGAAUGUUUUUAAGCUUGAGACCAAAAUAAAUUGAUUCAAACCAAAGACAAA